AUGCCGUCCCACGGACAACUCACAGUGCUGAUUACCGGUUGCUCCCCGGGUGGGAUGGGCGCGGCUCUGGCCCAGGCUUUCCAUGCUGCUGGGCAUCUUGUGUACGCCACGGCGCGGAAUCCCUCCAGCUUAUCCUCGCUCGCCCUGCAGGGCAUUAAAACCUUGAGUUUGGACAUAACAUCAGCAGCUUCCAUCGGAUCUGCCGUCGAAACUCUGACGGAGAAUCUCUCCACAAGACCAUCUUCACCCCACGCUGCAGUCUCGGAGGGGAUAGACAUCCUCAUUAACAAUGCCGGGGGACAUUACACAGCGCCCAUCUCAGACGCUUCGAUAGACUCAGCGAAGACGCUCUUCGAUCUCAAUGUAUGGGCCCAGCUCGCCGUCACCCAGGCUUUCUUGCCUCUGCUGAUGAAGUCAGCCUCUUCAACGUCCUCGCGUACUGCAAAUGGCCCUGCAACUCCCAUGAUAGUGAACCAUACCUCUGUGGGGUCCGUUAGCGCGAUGCCGUUCCAAAGCCUCUACAGUGCCUCAAAGGCCGCCUUCGCUCGGCUGUCUGACGGCAUGCGCCUGGAGCUAGCGCCAUUCGGCAUCCACGUCGUCGAGCUCAAGACGGCCAUGGUCCGAACCAACUUCAUCCGGAAUAGCAACACGAAUAACGUCGAGGGAAAGCGGCUGCAGCUCCCUGAAGGGUCCCUGUACGAGCCCGCCCGUGAGGUGGUGGAGGACAUUAUGAGCCAGGCGCAGUUUGACGGCAGAGGCAUGACGGCGGAAAACUGGGCGAAGGCAGUCGUGGGAGACUUGAUGAAGCGCAACCCACCAGUGUUCAUCUGGAGAGGAGAUACCGCGCUUUGGGCACGACUGGCGAGUAUGAUGCCUUGUAGUAUAAUGGAUAGCAUUCUGAAAAAGAUGAUGAGGUUGGAUAUUGUGGAGGAGAUCAUUAAAAGUGAAAUGAAGUCAUCUGGGCGUCACUAA